CUGUGAGCAGGAAAUCCAUUCAAUCACCUCCUCCAACCAAGGGCUGCUUUCACAGCAUUGCUUUCUUUUCUGGCCUCUCUCCCUCUUUGCCCUUCUCUCUCUCUCUCUCUGCCCAACCAAUAAAUACGGAAAAAGAGAAUUCCCACUAAUGGUAAUACCAGCUAAUACCUAACAUCCACCACCCCUAAGCCGUCCAAGUCAAAACAGAAAACCACCACCAGAGACAGCCUCUAAAAAUAGAAAAAAAAAAAUGGCCAUGGGAAAAAACCAAUCACCUCCCCAACCAGACCCAAAGUCAAGGCUCAGAACCGCACCCCGAGCCCCACCCUGCGCGGUGGGGUUACCCCUAAUGCCCACAAAAGAACACGAUAAGCAUGAAUUUUGAGCCAAUGGUAGAUUAGAUCGAAAUGGGUGCCAUUUAAGUCAGAAGGAAAAACCCGAAAAAGAGAAAGAGAGGUGGACCUCUUUGUCAUAUAGGCUGGUGCGCAACUUAUCACCCCCCACCCCCGCGGCGCACGUUAGCCCCCCCACUCACGCACACCUAAGCGGUGGCCUCAUCCAUCUAGAUCUCAAAAUCAGCCGCACACCCCUCCCACCCCCCACCCACUCCCCCCCUUUUAGCCCCCCUCCCCACCCCGUACAACAACCAAUCAAUAUGCCACCAAACCCCACUUUCUCCUCCUCCUCCUCUCCUCCACACCCAACGUUAUCUGAAUCUCCCACUCCGCAAUUAUUCCCCUCCCCCUCCCCCUCCCCCUCCCCCUCUUAUCUUAUUUUCCUUUCCUCUCAGCCCCAAAUCCUCUUUGCUAAAGUGCACCGCCUUCCUUAUCCAUCACCUCACUCUGCUAAAUUGCGCCUCCACCACUUUCAUCUUUAACCGGCGCGUCCGACAUCCUUAAACCUAAUCCGAAACCAGAGAUAUUAGAUCAUGUCGAACCCAUCUUCUCCCUCACCCCAACGGGACCCACCGUCGAAUACAUCGCCUCCACCACCAUCAGAGCUGCCGCUGGCUCUCCCAGCACCGCCAGCAGCCGCGUCCACACCACCGACGGCUGCUACAGUCACACCCAACCCAAGACGGCUUCCACCGCCUUGUUGGUCGCACGAUGAAACCGUCGCCUUAAUCGACGCGUACCGUGACAAAUGGUACACGCUCCGGCGUGGGAACCUCAAGGCGAGCCACUGGCAAGAAGUGGCGGACGCGGUGGCCCGUCGCUGCCCCUUGGCGACGCCUCCUAAAACGGCCGUGCAGUGCCGCCACAAGAUGGAGAAGCUCCGGAAGCGGUAUCGAACCGAGAUCCAGCGGGCUAGAUCCAUGCCAGUUUCGAGAUUUACUUCUUCUUGGGUCCACUUUAAGCGAAUGGACGCCAUGGAAAAGGGACCCAACGUGAAACCCGAUUACAAUUCGGAUAGCCCAGAUGAGGAAAACGAUGAAGACGACGAAGAUGACCAAGAUCACGACUUUUACGAAGAUGGGUAUAAAAACGGAAGCGUUAAUACGAGAAGUGUACAAAAGUUGUACCGGAAUGGGAUUGGAAACAGCGGUGGAAGCGUCAGCGGUAGUGGCGGCGCUGGUGGUAGUAGCGGUGGGUUUAGGAUUAGGAUUCCUACUGGAGUUAGUAUAGCACAACCAGGGCCAAGAUAUUACGGGAAACUGGAUCAGAAAUAUGGUGCAAGCCCUAAUUCUAACCCUAACCCGAACGCGAAUCCUCACCCUAAUAAGGGUAAUUUUAGUGUUUCGGGGUCCGGGUCGGGUUAUGGGACUAGGGUUUUAAGGGGUUUUGAGGAGACACCAGGGAAAACGGCGGCGUCAGGGAAGAGGGAGAGAGAUGCGGUGGCGGAGAUGGUGACAGCCAUAAAGGUAUUGGGAGACGGGUUUGUGAGGAUGGAGCAGAUGAAGAUGGAGAUGGCGAGGGAAAUAGAGACGAUGAGGAUGGAGAUGGAGAUGAAGAGAACCGAGAUGAUAUUGGAGUCCCAGCAGAGGAUUGUUGAGGCUUUCGCCAAGGCAGUUUCGGAGAGGAAGAAGAAGCCCAAAAGAAUGCCCUCACCGGAGUCUUGAGACCAAUUACUUGCAAUAGGGGCAAAAAGGUUCAUUCAUUUGUUUCUGUGCUCGGCCAUGAAGAAGAAAUCGUGGGCAAUUUUGCAGAUGGCAUGGAAACUUUUACUUUAGGGAGAUGGUGUAGGAAGCAGCAAAGGGUAUGUGAUAUAAUGUCAUUUUGAGAUUGUACUAGAUGAGAAAAGCCCUGUCUUUCGGGCGCUUGUAUGUUUCAGAACAGUAGGAAAGUAGUUUUUCAUCAGUUGCCAUCAAGGCCUGGCUUUUCCUUUUGUAUGCAUAAUCCAUUCAACAGGUUAAGUGGUAGAGUUGAGAGUAAUUGUGGAACAGUUUAGUUUUUCUUUAUGGCUGAUCUCAAAGUUGGUAGAAGACUCAGGCAGAUUGCUUCCGGUUAUUAGGUUUCAAUUUGCAAAGAGAAGCACUGUAUUGUCAGUAGUGUUUAUCCUAAUCAAACAGUCUUUAUGAUUGUGCCAUUUGCGUGAAAUGAGGUUAAGAAUAAAGGAUAUUCUUGAACUA